ACUGGGUUGGGGGCGGCCGGGGCUGAAGCUCCCAGGAUGGCGAGCCCGCCGCUGAACGGGCUCCCCACCCCGGCCGGAGCCUCCGGUGGCGGCGGCGGCAGCAGCAACAGCAGCAGCGACGGCGGUGGCGGGAGCGCAGGGGGCGGUGGCCCCAACCUCAACAACAACAACAACAACAACAACCACAGCGUGCGGAAGUGCGGCUACCUGAGGAAGCAGAAGCACGGGCACAAGCGCUUCUUCGUGCUCCGCGGCCCCGGGGGCGGCGCGGGUGGCGAUGAGCAGGCGGCAGGCGGGGGGCAGCCGCCGCAGCCCCCCCGGCUCGAGUACUACGAGAACGAGAAGAAGUGGAAGAACAAGUCCGGGGCCCCGAAGAGGGUGAUCGCGCUCGAUUGCUGCCUCAACAUCAACAAGCGCGCCGACGCCAAGCACAAGUACCUCAUCGCCCUCUACACCAAGGACGAGUACUUCGCCGUGGCGGCCGAGAACGAGCAGGAGCAGGAGGGCUGGUACCGCGCGCUCACCGACCUGGUCAACGAGGGCCGCGCGGGCGCCGGCGACGCGCCCUCCGCGCGCUGCCCCGCGGCCGCCGCCGCCAGCGCCGGGUCCUGCAGCGCCUCCCUGCCGGGCAGCGGCGUCUUUGGCGGCUCGGCGGGCGCCGCCGACGACAACUACGGGCUCAUCGCGCCCGCCACCUCCGUCUACCGCGAGGUCUGGCAGGUGAAUCUGAAGCCCAAGGGCCUGGGGCAGAGCAAGAACCUGACGGGCGUGUACCGGCUGUGCCUGUCGGCGCGCACUAUCGGCUUCGUGAAGCUCAACUGCGAGCAGCCGUCUGUCACACUGCAGCUGAUGAACAUCCGCCGCUGCGGCCACUCGGACAGCUUCUUCUUCAUCGAGGUGGGCCGCUCGGCCGUCACGGGCCCCGGCGAGCUCUGGAUGCAGGCCGACGACUCAGUGGUGGCGCAAAACAUCCACGAGACUAUCCUGGAGGCCAUGAAGGCGCUGAAGGAGCUCUUCGAGUUUCGGCCGCGCAGCAAGAGCCAGUCGUCGGGCUGCUCCUCCACGCACCCCAUCAGCGUGCCCGGCGCGCGGCGCCACCACCACCUGGUCAACCUGCCACCCAGCCAGACGGGCCUGGUGCGCCGCUCGCGCACCGACAGCUUGGCGGCGACCCCGCCGGCGGCAGUCAGCGCCAGCGCUGCCGCGGGACCCAAAUGCAGCUCCUGCCGGGUGCGCACGGCCAGCGAGGGGGACGGCAGCGCCGGCGCCGCGGGAAGCGGGGGCUGCAGGCCCAUGUCGGUGGCUGGGAGCCCCAUGAGUCCCGGGCCGGUGAGGACGCCUCUAAGCCGCUCGCACACGCUGAGCAGCGGCUGCAGCGGCCGUCCGAGCAAGAUGAUGCUGGCGCCGGCAGGGGGCGCCCUGCAACACAGCCGCUCCAUGUCCAUGCCCGUGUCCCACUCUCCCCCGGCAGCCACCAGCCCUGGCAGCCUCUCGUCCAGCAGUGGGCACGGCUCUGGCUCCUACCCGCUGCCUCCAGGCCCACACCCGCACCUGCAGCACCCCCUGCACCAUCACCAGGGUCAGCGGCCCUCCAGUGGCAGUGCCUCUGCCUCGGGCUCCCCCAGCGACCCUGGUUUCAUGUCCUUGGAUGAGUACGGCUCCAGUCCUGGCGACUUGAGAGCCUUCUGCACCCACAGAAGCAACACUCCCGAGUCCAUCGCAGAGACUCCGCCUGCCAGGGACGGCAGUGGGGGUGAGUUGUAUGGGUAUAUGACCAUGGAUAGGCCCCUGAGCCACUGUGGCCGCCCUUACCGCCGAGUCUCAGGGGAUGGGGCUCAAGACUUGGACAAAGGGCUGCGAAAAAGGACUUACUCCUUGACCACACCUGCCCGGCAGCGAGCAGUGCCCCAGCCCUCCUCUGCAUCCCUGGAUGAGUACACUCUGAUGCGGGCCACCUUCUCCGGCAGCUCAGGCCGCCUCUGCCCCUCUUGCCCGGCAUCUUCUCCGAAAGUGGCCUACCACCCCUAUCCCGAGGACUAUGGGGACAUAGAGAUUGGCUCCCACAGGAGCUCAAGCAGCAUCCUGGGAGCGGACGAUGGCUACAUGCCCAUGACCCCUGGCGUGGCCCCACUGGUGGGUGGUGGCAGCGGCAGCUGUAAGAGUGAUGACUACAUGCCCAUGAGCCCCACCAGUGUGUCUGCCCCGAAGCAGAUCCUGCAGCCACGAGUUGCGGCCUCAGCCUUGCCCCCUUCUGGAGCCCCAGUGCCAGCACCCACCUCUGUAGUUGUCAGAGGCUUUCCGGUGGGCGGGGGAAGCUACAAGACCAGUUCCCCAGCGGAGAGCUCCCCAGAGGACAGUGGGUACAUGCGCAUGUGGUGUGGCUCCAAGCUGUCCAUGGAGAAUUCCGACAGCAAGCUGCUUCCUAACGGGGACUACCUCAACAUGUCCCCCGGUGACAUGGGCACCUCCUGUACCCCACCCGACUUCUUCUCAGCCGCCUUGCACAGUGGUGGAGAAGUGCUCAAGGGAGUCCCUGGCUACUGCUACAGCUCUUUGCCGCGCUCCUACAAGGCUCCUUACACCUGCCACGGGGACAGUGACCAGUAUGUGCUCAUGAGCUCCCCAGUGGGGCGUAUCCUGGAGGAGGAGAGAACGGAGCAGCAGACCAUCCCACAGCUGCCCGCCACCCCAUCAGCGAGCACCUUUGGGGACAGUGCGGGCAGCCACGCCCAGCCUCAUCACCCAGUAGUGCCUUCGCCGAUGAGGCAGAGUGGCAGCAGUAGCGGCAGUAGCGGCAGCCGGCCGGAGGGUUUCCUGACCCAGCGUUGCCGGGCGGUGCGGCCCACUCGCUUGUCCCUGGAGGGGCUGCAGACUCUGCCCAGCAUGCACGAGUACCCUCUGCCCCCAGAGCCCAAGAGCCCAGGCGAAUACAUCAACAUUGACUUUGGAGAGGCGGGAGUCCGCCUCUCGCCACCUGUCCCUCCGCUGCUGGCAUCAGCAGCCUCAUCGUCCUCUCUGCUGUCGGCCAGUAGCCCAGCCUCCUCCCUGGGCUCUGGCACCCCUGGCACAAGCAGUGACAGCCGGCAGCGCUCCCCACUUUCUGACUACAUGAACCUCGACUUCAGCUCGCCCAAGUCACCCAAACCGGGCACCCAGAGUGGGGACCCUGUAGGCUCUUUGGAUGCCCUGCUCUCCCCUGAGGCCUCCUCCCCUUACCCACCCCUGCCACCACGUCCUUCUGUCUCUCCCUCUUCCUCCUCCUCAUCCCAAUCUCAGCAGCCACCCCCACCGCCACCACCAGGGGAGCUGUACCGACUGCCUCCAGUGUCAGCCGCUGCCACCUCCCAGGGCCCUAGCGCUGCCUCCUCCUCGUCCUCCGAGACUGGGGACAAUGGUGACUACACCGAGAUGGCCUUUGGCGUGGCCGCCACCCCGCCACAACCCAUUGCGGCACCCCCGAAGCCAGAAAGUGCCCGCGUGAGCAGCCCAACUUCUGGGGUGAAGAGGCUGAGUCUCAUGGAUCAGGUGUCGGGGGUGGAAGCCUUCCUGCAGGCUAGCCAGUCCCCAGACCCCCACCGAGGCGCCAAGGUCAUCCGCGCCGACCCGCAGGGGGGCCGGCGCCGCCACAGCUCGGAGACCUUCUCCUCGACCACCACUGUGACCCCCGUGUCCCCGUCCUUCGCCCACAACCCUAAGCGCCACAACUCAGCCUCGGUGGAAAACGUCUCUCUCAGGAAAAGUGGCGAAGGUGGCGGUGGUGGCGGCCUUGGUGGGGGGGAUGAGCUGCCCCCCUCCCCCCAUCAGUCACAGCCAUCCCUUUCUGUGCCAUCGCUUCCCCAGCAGCCCAGGCCGUGGACACAGGGUCAGCCAGGGGGGUUGAUUGGUUGUCCCGGGGGCAGUGGUUCUCCAAUGCGGAGGGAGACCUCUGCCGGUUUCCAGAAUGGUCUCAACUACAUCGCCAUCGACGUGAGGGAUGAGGCUGGGGCAUUACAGCAGCAGCAGCAGCAGCAUCACCCGGCAGGGGACAAGAACUCCUGGGGCCGGAACCGGAGCCUUGGCGGGCUCAUCAGCGCAGUGGGUGGCAGCAGCACCACCGGGGUGUGCGGGGGGCCGGGCUCUGGCGCCCUGCCCCCUGCCAACACCUACGCCAGCAUUGACUUCUUGGCACAUCACCUGAAGGAGGCCACUGUUGUGAAAGACAUCCAUGAUCUAUCCAGGAAAGCCCCCUUCCCUUCAUGUGCAAAGGAGGCAUCGUUGCCACCAGCAGCCCCUACUGCUCCUAGUGCUUCCAGCUCUGAAAACUUACUGCUGUUCGACCCCCUGCCUUCCACUAUGGUGAGCGCCGUAGUCGGAGGAGGGAAAUCUCUUUUGGCUGGGCAGCUCUGUGUUACCAACCCAUCGGGCUGAUGUGGGAGUCGGUGCCAGAAUGAAGAUCUAUCUGGCUUUAUCACCAUGACCUCACACAUCAAAGAGUAACAAAAGAAGAUGCUCAGCAUUUUUUUUUAAACUCUGAAGCUGCUUUACAAUUUACUUUUGGAUCUGAGCAAUUACUAAGUUUUGAAACACUUAAGGUCUGUGUUGGACAAGGAAUCAACAAGGAAAGAACACCUGCCUCACAUACUGGUUCUCUGUAUUUGGCAUCCAUCGUUGUGCUGCUGUUUUUGUGUUUUGUUUUGUUUUGUUUUUAACAAAAGUUAGCUGAAGAAGUUAUUCUAAAGAAAAUUGGAUGUUUUCAUUGGCCUUCUUAAAUUGUGGCCAGUGUCUUCAUUUCUUUUCACUUUCAUUUUGGCAAAGCAAAUUUGUUCCUCAGCAUUCUGGGAGAUUCUACUAAAACCCGUUAAAAUGGUAAAAUCUGGUAUUUACUGGCGUACACUCAGAACUACCACAGUCCUACCUCAGUUCAAGGUAAAGCCGGAUUUGCAUGGUUGGGCUACAGCAGGGCCUCCUGAAUUUCUCUGUGCUGAAUGUGUCUGAAGCAUGGUCAUCGGCCUUAUUGAACUGGUUCCAGGAGACAGCCCCUGGUUGGACUUCAGUCCAGGGACGUGCGGUGUUUACUUACCGACAGAGCCCGGUGAGGGGCUGACAUUUCUAAACUGAAAUGGAAUUUGGGAUCGGACUUUGAAGACAGAUUAAUAAAUAAUAAUUAUUACAUGUAACUGAAGCAACCUACUUUUGAAAAAUCAUCAACUGUAUUGGGUUGU